AUGGGCGUCCGAGAUUCCCACGGGGAGACCACGGGGACGCCCGACCCCGUCGAGAAGGGCUUCGCCACCCUCAACACCAUCAGGCAGCGCAAGGAUGGGCCCUCUUUCUACGUCCACUAUGUCGACUUCAACAAACGUCUUGAUGAAUGGGUUGCAUCUUCACGCAUUGAUCUCUCCCAGGAGGUCGAAUGGCCCCAACCGGAGAAGGCUGAUAAGAAGAAGACUGCUGCGGCGAACAAGGCCGCGCCCAGCAAGAAUACAAAUGCCAACAAGCGUGCCCGGGCUGACAGUCGGGAUGUAUCGCAAACACCUGAUAUCCUGGGUGGUAACAACUUGAAUGUCGGCAAAGCCUCGCGGCCCUCAAAAGCCGGAGGAAAGGAAAAUGUCGAAACCCCCGGCGAUUCCUCGCAGCUGUUCCCUUCAGAGGGAGUGUCGGCAGCCGGCACACCCAAGGCCACUGAUUCAGAAGAUGUUGAAAUGGCGGAUGGCCCCACAGAAGGCCAGUCCAUGAAAGAGGACGAAGUACAAACUGCCUCGGGCGAAGUCAUCACCCGCGGGGAGGAGAUUGAACGACUGCGCACAAGCGGUAGUAUGACCCAGAAUCCCACGGAGAUUCAUCGUGUGCGUAACUUGACACGCCUUCAAAUGGGCAAGUACGACGUCGAGCCGUGGUACUUCUCUCCAUACCCGGAUUCAUUCUCCGACGUCGACCUGGUCUACAUCGACGAGUUCUGUCUCGGCUACUUCGACAACCAGCGCGCCUUUGAGCGCCACCGCGCCAAAUGCACCCUCACGCACCCUCCCGGCAACGAGAUCUACCGCGAUGACAACAUCUCCUUCUUCGAGGUUGAUGGUCGCCGCCAGCGAACCUGGUGCCGUAAUCUGUGUCUUCUAAGUAAGCUCUUCCUGGACCACAAGACUCUCUACUACGACGUCGAUCCAUUCCUCUUCUACUGCAUGUGCACCCGCGAUGAGACUGGCUGCCACCUCGUCGGCUACUUCUCCAAAGAAAAGGACUCCGCCGAAGGCUACAACCUUGCCUGUAUCAUGACUCUCCCACAAUACCAGCGCCGCGGCUUCGGUCGUCUCCUCAUCUCUUUCAGUUACGAGCUCAGCAAGCGUGAAGGAAAGCUCGGUUCCCCCGAGAAACCUCUCAGUGAUCUGGGUCUGCUUGGCUAUCGUCAAUACUGGCGCGAGACCUUGGUAGAUCUCCUCAUCGAGCCUAAUCGAGAGGCCAUGAGUGAGAACGAGCUUGCCAUUCUCACUUCCAUGACUGACAAAGACGUUCACGAAACCCUUGUUGUCUUCAACAUGCUUCGGUACCACAAGGGUAACUGGGUCAUCGUCUUGACGGACAGCAUAGUGGAAGAGCACGAGAAGCGUCUCAAAAAGGAGGCGAUCAAGGGCGCGCGCAAGAUCGACCCUGCUCGCCUACAGUGGAAGCCUCCUGUCUUCACUGCUUCCAGCCGGACCUGGAACUGGUGA